GGGCGCGGCAGUCAUGGCAGGUCCUCGGGGGCGUGGCGUGGGAAAGCAGGCCACGCCCACACCUCUGCGACAAGAAUACGAGGCAAUUGACUUUCUUCCCGGAGAGACUGACCCUUCGUGACGCCGCCAUGUUGUGUGAGGUCGCGGGGGGGCGUGUGGGGGUACCAACUUCCCCGGACGAAAACUCUCUUCUCUAUCAAGCUUCUCUCCCCGCGGCCCCCUACUGUUCGGGGGGCGGCGGGCCCUCCUAUCUCUGGCUGGGGGCUCACGAUUCUACUGAGGAGGGAGUAUGGACGUACUUCACAGGGGAGGCGCUGACCUGGCCCGGGGCGUGGCGAGGAGACGGGCCAAACGGAGGGAACUCUGAAAACUGCCUUGUGAUGCAACACGAGUCUUUCCCAGCGAGAUGGUCAGAUAUAGCUUGUUUAGAUACUUACAGCUUCUGCGUCUCCUGCGAGUAUCCGAGGCGCCCCACGUUCCAUCUAAGGGGAGCUGGGUUGUGUCUGACCGCCCCCUUCAAUCGCCAGUAUGUGUUGGAGGGGAGUAAUGGUGGUAGGCCGUCUCUUUUGGGCCUAUUUCAUUCCGAUAUCGUAUGGGAUGCAAGCGGUCUGAAGUGGGUCUUGGCAUCCCUCAAGGAGCCUGGCUUGGAGCUGCACUGGGCCCCUGGAAGCACAGACAAGGGGCACCACCAAUACCCCUUUGGCACCCACGCCUGGACACUGGGGGGGCAGGGGGAGAGAUGUGCGGGCGUCGAACUGGGGAACAAGUGAAUUUAACCCUCAGUGUCUGCCGGGAUGACCAGUUCACCUGUGUGGAUGGCACCUGUACAUACCUGGACCAGAGAUGCGAUUUAAUGAGAGACUGUGCAGACGGUAGUGAUGAAAUAAACUGCCCAAUUGUUCUGCUUCCUACGGGGUACAGAGCCCUCCUGCCGCCCCCCGCCCCUGCCCCUGGCCGUCCUCUACCCUUACGUGUCCAGGUGGAGGUCCUAAGCAUCCCUGAAGUCGGUAGGAGGACCUUAGCAAUGACCGUCACCCUCAGGAUUAGAAUUUCGUGGGUGGAUGGAAGGUUAAAAUAUUUGAAUUUAAAACGUCAUCAGGGGCUUAAUUUAGUCCCUCCAGAGGUCGCCCAUGGUAUCUGGACCCCCGUAUUGCAUCUCACGACAUCCCAUGACAGCAGGAUGGUCCGCCUAGGGGAGGGAGGGCGCCUAGAAGUGGUCAGAGAGGGUCCACCGCACCCCGCGACGGAGGAAAUGGAAGAAAGCAGAUACUUCAAGGGGAGCGAGAACGACCUACAGGUAACACAAGUUUGCAGUGUGACUAUAAGCGCUUCGUCUCACCUUAAGCUGUACCCCUUUGACGAGCAGGUGUGGUGGGUGAACCUCUCCCUGGCAUCCACGUCCCCGGGUCACCUACACCUGGCGCGCGGGGAGGCCACCUACACAGGAUCACAUGACCUGUUGGAAUACACGCUAGAAAACGUGACGAUGGUAGCUGGCAAUGGCGUUAACGGAGGAGGAGGAGGAGGAGGAGGAGAAGUAGGAGUGAGAGUGAAGUUAGGAAGAAGAUCGACUCAUUUCCUCCUCACCUCCUUCCUCCCUACCCUCCUCCUCCUCCUCCUCUCUUACGGCACCCUCUUCAUUCGCCUGUCUCACUUCCUGGCGCGGCUCUUCCUCUCCUUCUCCUCCCUCCUCCUCCUCUCUUCCCUCUACACCCAGAUGUCAACAGAAGCCCCACGGACCUCGUACUUCACCUUGCUGGAUGUUUGGUUCGUCUUUCUGCUGCUCCUGGCCUCUGCUGUUGUCCUGCUUCACCUACUGAUUGAAUAUGCCCUCCCUGCUGCCUCCCCCGCCCCUCCGCACGGCCUGCUGGGGGGCGGCUCCAACGGCGUGGCUCUGAAGGGGGAGAUAACUAGGGUGCACCCUAUACACAAACCAGAGGGUCUUGUUAGCAUAGAUUCUGACCCCAAUUCUCGUUAUUCAUAUCACCACCACUCCCACCACCACCACCACCACCACCUCGGGCCCCACCAGCGCUACUCACCGUCCUAUCAGCUGCUGUUAAUGGCUGGGAGGAUCUCACUACCCUGCGCCUUCGUUAUCUUCUCCCUAGUUUACUGUGGGACUGCCAUGGGAGAGGACGAGGAAGUGAGCAGCAGUUAGCAAAGUCUCCCUUAAAAUUCUCUGCUCAAUUUACGUUUUCUCUUUCACGAAUCAGAGAAAACGAGGGAUUUUGUUUUCAUUCACUCUGGUUCCAUUUUAGAGUACAAAUCCU